CACGUGCUGGUCACGGAAAUUUCCACAGCGAUCAUGCAUCAGUCGCGUGAGCGAGUGGCCAAUCAGAGCGCAGUAUCAAUCUGAUGAUGCUGAGGAGAACUUUAGUUUCGUAAGAUGUAAAGUGUUUAUUGUGUGUCCUAAGUUCAUCCAGUGUUGUGUGCGUCUGUAACUAAAAACCACACACACACAUCCUCACACAUAGACAAACAUGCAAGAAUGAUAAUUCACCUGUAUCCAUGCAACCUUUAUUGGAUAUUAAAGUUUUGAACUGGGGUUCCUGACUGUGUUCUUACCGACACUCCAUGGCGACAAUAAAAUCCACCUAAACCCAGUCCAACUUCACUACAUAAAUGGUCCUUCGAGCCGGAUGGUAUCGUUACCAUGGCAACCCCAGAACCCAAUACUUCAAAGUCUGCUCCAGCUUCAUGCCAACGCCCACGCAGAACAGUACAAAGGCCGGUUUACCUGGAUGAUUACAUGGUCAGCUAUCCUGGAAAUCCAUCCAAGCAGACUGUUAGACCUAAAGAAAAGCCAUUGGUGACUUCUACCCCCAUUUCCCCUCAAGUACUUGGAACAGCUGGCUCAUCGGAUGAGCUUAUGAUGCAGAUCGUGGAAAUUACAAGGCAGCAAAGCGAGACUGCUAGGCGCCAGACAGAGCUCUUGGAAAAGGUCCUGCUACACAGCACUCCUCGAGCAUCUCCUCAGUCUUCGCGGGCAUCAUCACGGCAUCAGACACCUCGUGCCCGAAUCCUGCAAUCAGUGGAGAAGGGACAUCUGAAAUCUGAUGUUAGCCUUAGUGAUGUUGACUCAAACCCCUUUUCCUGGCCACAACCUGCUAAACUCCAACCCACAUUCGUUGAGGAGCUGUCACAAGUAUUAACGAAAACCCAUAUCAGAGAUUCUCAUCUUCAGUCACCACCUCCUGUGAGCAGAGAAAAUACGCUUUCAUCACAUCAGUAUGCUUCACCAUGCUACAGUGCUCCUUUAGACCCAGCCAGAAGUCAACUAUCAGGUAAAUCAGAGCCUUGGAAUAAACCAUUACCGCCACUUCCUGAACAAAGACCAAGCCGCAUCACCCAGCUUUCAUAUAACCAAGUUCCAUCCGCUGAGAUUCGCCCAGACCAUAGCCAAAUGGUUCCAGAGACUGUGCCAAUGCCACAAUUUUCAAACCAUGUUACAUCUCAGCUCAGGGCUGAUGCAGUGCCUUACUAUCCUCAGCUUCCACCAUUUGGGUUCCCAGGAGUAGAGGGCCCCACUUUUCCAGAUUUUACUAAAGAGGACAGAGCUCAGUAUGUGGAACUUCGUAUGGCUUUGGAUAAUUUGCUCCACCCCCAACUAUCAGAGCAUUAUAAGUAUUCCAUAUUACUGAAGCAUGCAAAGGUGCCUAAUGCUCACAGACUAGUGUUAGCACAUGCAGAAUCUACUAUGCCUUACACUAAUGCCCUGCAAGCCCUGGAUAGAAGGUAUGGCCGGCCCUAUCAGUUUGUGCUUAGGGAAAUUGAGACCCUAGAGAACCUACCACCUAUUCGUCCUGGUGAUGAGCGGGCAUUCGACGACUUCUCCCUCAGAGUCCAAGCUAUAGUCGGCAUGCUCAAAGCCCUUAAAGGAGACGGAGUAGAGGAGCUACACAGUGGGUCAAAUGUGAAACGUCUGUUGAAUCGUCUGCCUCGUUCACAACAAACCCAAUUCAGGCGGCACCACCUUAAGCGAAACCCAGACAAAACAAAGUUCUCUCUACUUGAAUUUGCAGAUUGGCUGCAGCUUGAAGCCAACUGUAUGGAAUUCGACCCAACCGAUGGUGUGAAGGCCACAAAACGAGAUCAGCGGACUGUAAUCCGCGGCCAAGGUCAGCAAACCACCAUAAUGCAUGGCAUAGAACAUAAGAAGACCAUAGAACCCAAAGCAAAAGUCAGUGUUACACAUUCUGCAAAGCCCAAAGCUGUCUGUCCAUAUUGCAGUAUGGAACAUUACCUCAGUCAGUGCACCACAUUCAUAGCAUUAACCAAGGAGCAAAAGGUCAGCUGGAUUAAAGAUAACAAACGUUGCUGGAGAUGUGCACGUACCCACAUGGCUAAAGACUGUGAUUUAAAACGGCCUUGUCAUCUUUGUCAAGUCAAGCACCUUUCCAUACUCCAUGACAUCAACCAAAGGAACUGUGAGGUCACCAAUGAAAGCAGUAGCCUCUAUAACUCAGAGACUCUGUACUUAGAUCAACCUCGCUGUGGUGGAAAAGUGUUCCUGAAAGUUGUUAAAGUCACUCUCCAUCAUCAGAGCAAGACGUUGGACACUUUUGCUGUUCUUGAUGAUGGCUCAGAGCGCACCAUCCUGCUCGACACAGCUGUCCAACAACUCGGUCUAAAAGGCAGACCAGAACAGCUAAACUUAAGGACAGUACACCAAGACAUCAGGACAUUGAAUGGCACUUCUGUAAACUUCAGUUUAUCUACUCCAAACAACCCACAAAAGAGAUUCAAAAUUCAAGAGGCCUUCACAGCACAUCAGUUUGAACUAGCAGAAUACUCCUACCCAGUGACCACUCUCCAAAGCAAAUACAGACACCUCAAAGGAAUACCUAUUCCAACUCUGGUCAAAGCUCACCCCCUACUGCUUAUCGGAUCAGAUCACACUGACCUUAUCACCCCAAUUGAACCUGUACGACUAGGUCCACCUGGGGGUCCAGCAGCCAUCAAAACUCGCCUUGGUUGGUCUUUGCAAGGCCCAUCCAAACAUCUGCAGGAUCAACUCCCAGUGUCCCAGUGUCUGUUUACAUCUGUAAGUUCUUCAUUUGCAGAUCUGUACUGCCAAGUCGAAAGAUUAUGGCAAAUGGACAUCCUCCCCUACCACAACGAAAAAACAGUAGUAAGAUCACAACAAGACCAACAGGCACUGGACAUGCUAGAGACUCAGACGAUACGGAUGACAGUGGAUGGAGUUGACAGAUACGCUACCCCUCUUUUGAGAGUAAAGAACAUGCCCCUGUUACAUGCUCCAAAGGAGGCUGUGAUGUGCCACCUUCGCAGUACAGAACGUCGAUUAGCAAGGGACCCACAACUCGCUAACAAGUACCAAGAGGAAAUCAAUAAACUGGAGAAAGCUGGUUACGCAACUAAACUACCACCUCAAGAAGCAGCUUUGUCUACAGAAUCAUGGUUUCUCCCCCACCAUAUCGUAACCCACAAUGGCAAGCACAGAGUUGUGUUCAAUUGCUCGUUCACGUACAAUGGGGAAAAUUUAAACAAGCUGCUCCUACCUGGACCCACAUUAAGUCCCUCACUCCUUGGAGUAUUAGUCCGCUUCAGAGAACACAGAGUAGCCAUAAGUGGAGACAUAAAGGGGAUGUUUCAUCAGGUCCGUCUCCUGACUGAAGAUAAACCCCUUCUUAGGUUCUUGUGGCGGGACUUAAAAACCGAAAACCCACCUGAUGUGUACGAGUGGCAGGUCCUCCCAUUUGGCACAACUUGUAGCCCCUGUUGUGCCACAUAUGCACUACAACGACAUGUCUUCAAUCACUGCCAGCAGGGGGAUAAGCUACAGCAGUCAGUUGAGCAAUGCUUUUAUGUCGACAACUGUCUACAGAGCACACAUUCUGCUCUGGAAGCCCGUGAGCUAAUUGAUGGACUAAGGUCCUUACUGAUCACAGGUGGGUUUGAGAUCCGUCAGUGGGCAAGCAAUGAGGCCUCAGUGGUAAAUCAUCUCCCCAAAGAGGCCAGAUCGGAGAAUACUGAGUUGUGGAUUUCCCACAGUCAGUCAGACCCCCAAGAGAUGACUCUAGGCUUAAGCUGGCAUUGUGUACCUGACACCCUUCAUUACCGUCACCGUCCUCUGUCCUAUCAAGAGGUAACCAUGAGAAAUAUAUACCGGGUCCUCGCUAGCCAGUAUGACCCCCUAGGAUACAUCAUACCUUUUACCACCAGGGCGAAAAUAUUGGUACGACAGUUGUGGGAGAAGGAACGAGAAUGGGAUGACCCCCUACUUCCCUCUGAAUUGCUGCAAGCCUGGCAAAAAUGGGAAGUCGAACUGGAACACCUGCCCCUGAUUACCAUACCUCGGUGUUAUGUGUCAGCCAAGCUGGAUGUGCAAGAGGUAAAUCGUGAACUUCACAUCUUCUGUGAUGCCUCUGAGGCAGCCUAUGGGUCGGUAGCAUACCUCCGUACCGAACACCAAGGGAAGGUUGAGCUGGCAUUUAUCCUUGCCAGAUCCAGAGUGUCUCCUAAACGGCAGCAGUCAAUGCCCAGACUCGAACUUUGUGCUGCUCUCACCGGCGCACAGUUAGCCAAGUUACUGCACAGUGAACUGUCAUUAAAGAUCUUAAAUACGGUCCUAUGGAGUGACUCCACAACCGUCCUGACCUGGCUGAAAUCUGAAUCCUGCAGAUUCAAAGUAUUUGUAGGAACGAGAGUGACCGAGAUACAAGAACUGACUCAAGGUCACUGUUGGCGCUAUGUAAAUUCAGCUAGCAAUGCUGCAGAUGACAUUACUCGGGGCAAAACAUUGCUUGAAUUAUCCCAACACAGCAGAUGGAGACAAGGACCAGAUUUCCUCUACCUACCGCCUGAGUCAUGGCCAGAAAACCCUCCCACCGAACCAAUGGAGGACCCCACUGAGUACCGUAAACCAAAGUUUUGUGGUCUCACAUUGGCUGAUACUGGACCAUUACUGCCAGAUGCUACCCAGUUCUCAACCUUUGAGGAACUUGUAGAGGCUACUUUCCAAUCCUUAGAUGGGGCGGCAGAAAAUCCAGAUGAUACAGAAGCAUCUAAAUACCAGCAGGCUGAAAUAAGUUUAUUAAGGCAAGCCCAAAUAGACAGUUUCCACACCGAAUACCAAGCACUCAGAGAUGGUAAGCCAAUCCCUUCCUCCAGUCGUUUACUCACUCUAUCACCAGAAUUUGAUGAAAAAACUGCACUGAUCCGCGUAGGAGGACGGCUACGCAGAGCCCCAGAUCUGGAUUACAAUACUGUACAUCCCAUAGUCCUGGACCCAAACCACCCUGUCACUCAUCUCAUCGUAAAACAAUAUGACACUAAACUUUGCCAUCCUGGUCCCGAAAGGGUCUUUGCAGAGAUACGGAGACAUUACUGGAUCCUCAGAGGGAGAGAAUCAGUAAAACGCCAUCAACACUCCUGUGUAGAAUGCCAAAGAUGGAGGGCUAAACCUAGCAUCCCAAAGAUGGCAGAACUACCUCCAGCCAAACUCCGCCUCAUGAAGCCAGCCUUUUACUCAACAGGGGUAGACUGCUUUGGCCCAUUCCUAGUAAAACGAGGGAGGAGUAAUGAAAAAAGGUGGGGUAUCAUUUUAAGUGUAUGACUACCCGCUGU